UAUACUCAUGCUUGCCUUCCUUCGCCGAACCUCGGUCUGGCCUGCUGAUGCUGCUGCUGUGGCUGGUAAAUCUGUUGCUGAGGUGGGGGCGGGGGAGGCUGCUGAAAUGGUCCCUGCUGUUGUCUCCUGGGUUCGGGGCACAUGUUGGCAUAAUGCCCGAGGCGCUGACAGUUGUAGCAGGUUUUCUAAGAUGCCCAACACUCUCCUGGAUGGUUCUUGCCACAAGAGGCACACCUCGGAAACUAAUUCUGAGCUACGGGUGUUGGGUUCUGUUAGGAACGUCAAACAACAUGCACAUCUGUCUAGCAAGACAAGACUUAUCUAUCAUCUUUCAGCAUGUUCUCGCCUCGAUUCUCAAAUUCUGAAAAAUCUGAGAAAUCGUGAGAGCUAUUCAUUCAGGAUGGACUUCUUCUUGAGGUUAAGUUUAACCUCGGAGGGAGUAAACAGUUGCAGGUACCACAGGUUGACAUACGCCGCAACGAAGAAGGACCAAUCGACAGCAACAGAUCGUGCCAGGAUGACAACCGACGCUUUCCAUGAUGUCAUGCUCGAAUUUCAGUACACUGGGAGAUUACAGAGAGUAGCGUCAAAGGACAUUGAGAUUACUAGCUUGAGGAAUAGAUGCGAUCAGAUUACGACGACGCAGGCGCAAGGUUCGCCAGGUACUCGGCCCAACAACCAAAGAACAAGGGGAAGAGGAAGUUCCGAGGACCCCAGGACGACCGCAGGAACCGCUCCAGACAAUAACCGACCCCAUCUUGCACUAUAUGUGGACGACACCAUCGCAGAGAAUGCCUUGUGGGCUAGAACAUUUGUUUUGAUUGUCGUCAGCUCGGACAUAUCAGUCCCAACUGCCCGGAGCGACUGCAACAACAACCACAACAACGACCGCCACCUCAGCAACCUCAACAACAACAGCAGCCCAGGCAGCAGCCACCACGACAACCCCAGUAGCAGCAAC